AUGAAGCCCGGCAAGCAGCGGAGGACGCCAGGAUCGAAGAACAAGAUAGAUCCCGCAGCGUCGACAAGAGCGCGCGGGCCGACGCGAGAGGAUGAGGAGGGAGGGGAGUGGCCGGUGAGGGAGGCCAUCGGCAGCAUGAUGUGGGUGUCGACUUUCUCGCGUCCAGACGUCUCGUUCGCCGUGCGUGCGGUAGCGCGCCACGCCCACGCACCGGCGAAGCGGCACUGGGAUGCCAUACAGAAGAUCCUCGGCUACCUGAAAGGGACGAGGGACCUCGGCAUCACCUACCAACGGGGAUCGGGGUUAGGGCUGGCCGUGUACGUAGACGCUAGCUACGCCGACACGGAGGAUAGGCGUUCGGUGUCAGGGUUGGCGACGACGGUUGGAGGUACCGUAGUCAGCCAUGGUAGCAAGACGCAGAGCAUCGUGUCUUUGUCUGCGACGGAAGCCGAGUACAUUGCUGCCGAGGACGGCGUCAAGGAGGCGUUGUUUGUGCGUGCUGUGCAGUCGUUUGUUGUCCCAGAGACCAGUGGUAGCAGCAUCCAGGUCCUUGAGGACAACCAGGGGGCCAUAGCGUUGGUGCAGAACCCUCUCAGCUCAGGUCGCACGAAACACAUCGACGUGCGGUUUCAUUUCAUCCGCGGAUUGUUUAGGUCGGGGGAUAUUUCGGUCAAGUUUGUCCCGACAACGGAGCAACACGCGGACCUCCUCACCAAGGCCCUUAGCAGGGCCAGUCUGCAGUAUCACCGGCGCAAGCCGACGAAUUUGCCGGAGUAGCUGUAGCAGUUACUAGCACUUGGGAGAGGUCAUGUUUUCCAUGCGGGAAAAGGCGCAUAACUGUUGCGGUCUGUGUACCAAUGGCAGGAGAAGGGGGCGUUGGGAGACCAUCGUCCGGGGGAACGUAGUUCCUCGCGUUUCUGUCUUCGCCUUGGCCUUUCAAUUAGUGCGGCCGUUAUGAUCCGCUGUGAUAGCGACGGUUUUUGUGGUGGUAGGGUUUCUUUUUUCUUGAGGGGUUUUGCCCGGACGCCGGGUUUCCCCUCCAUAUAUUACCAUCUUGGUAUUUUCUGAUGUAUCCAGGGGCGUUCUUGCCCAAUUGAUGGUUAGUCACUUGCGUGAAGAACCAGGGAGGGUGUUCGUGGGUCUGCGAACAUUGUUGUUGGAUACAUGUGCUGGAUGAUUUUUUGUCACGCAGACUGGUAAGAUAACCGUUUGGUAGGGGGCACCGCGAUGAUUCACGGGGCCCCUCCUUGCUGUGGGAGCCGCUCUUUGAGUACUCCCUCUUUCGUCCGUGUGAAGGACGGUCGUCGACCUCUCGUGAAGCUAAUACAUCACCAAGGCAGUCUCACCCGAUAUAUAAGUGGCGUAGGCCGCAAACAUCUAGCACUCUUGGGUUGUUCUCCCUGGGGCGAGGGGUCUGCUUCUCCCCUGUUACGGGGGUAUUCUCUAGUGUUCCCACUAGGUCCUUCUCUGUCUUUGUCUCCAAUACACGUAUUGGGUCUAGCACUCUUGCGAUCUUGUCCCUGGUGCGAGGGGUCUGCCUCUCCCCUGUUACGGGGGUAUUCUCUAGUGUUCCCACUAGGUCCUUCUCUGUCUUUGUCUCCAAUACACGUAUUGGGUCUAGCACUCUUGCGAUCUUGUCCCUGGUGCGAGGGGUCUGCCUCUCCCCUGUUACGGGGGUCUUCUCCAGCGUUCACGCCGGGUCUAUUCUCUUCUCCCGUGUUACGGGGGUCUUUCCCUCUCACUUGUUCAAGUCUAGCACACGGUUGUCCUCCUUGGUUAGAGGGAUCCAUUAGCGCUGGUUCUGCAGUAAUUUCAUGUUCAUCACUAUUGGUGCGUGAAUUACUUUGGCUGGUACUUCUAAAAGUACACGGUUGUUCUCAUUCUUGGUGAGAUUGGCCUAUCAACUCUGGCUCUGCAGUAAGUUCAUGUUCCUCACUAUUGGUACUAAAUUUACUCGGGCGGGUACUUCUUCUCUCACCGUAGACCACGUUCGGUGCCACCAACCCGGGAAGAGGCGCUUCAGUUAGCGCCACGGUCCUGCUCCUGUCUACAAAAGCUGCUACCGUGGUGCCACCCGCCCCCCUCAGCCGCGUUGACCCCACCUCUGGAUGGGGCCCGUAUUGUCAGGAGUUGGUUCCUGUGGCCUGUAGUUGUUGCUGUAACGGGCGACCACGGGGCGUGAUGUGGCGGGGGCGGGGGCGGGGGCGGGGGCGGGGGCAGGAGCAAGGGCGGUCGCGGGGGCGGGGGCCCGGGCUGGCGCUGUGGGCGGCGGACCGGGCGGCGGACCGGGGGGGGCGACGCUGGGGUGAACCUGUACGUGGUUGAGGGUGCAGUGCGGGCGGGUGCACUUUUGCCCUUUCCAGUGGGAGUGACACGCGCGGUGGGGGGUUCCCCACUUGAGGAGAUCCUGCUGGAACGAGGACAGUGUCGCCACCGCGUGUUGGUUGGCGACGGGUGCGGCGGUUAUGCGCGGGCGGGAUACUGUAUGUCUGCUCGUGGUGCUGCUCGCUGACGCUUUCCUCUUCUGUGGCUGCGGGAGCCCGGCCAGGCCGUUGUUAAGUUUUCCGACGAUGGCGUUGGCGCUGCCUUCCGCGGUGAGAUGCGCAGCCGCGAAAACGCGGGGGGGGGGACGGGUUGCACGUCGUCGUCUGCCGGCGGGGAGAUGUCGUGGUCGGCGCGGGUCGCGACGCCAAGGUCUGAGAUGUUCCCGAGAUACUCGUUGAUGUCGGUGUUGGUGUCGGUGAUCAGGCGCGUCUUCACCGCUGCUUCUUGACCCGUGAUCUCCGCCGAAUGAAGGAUGAGGUAGUCCCGGGCGUUGGACACAACGCGGCUGACUUCGGCUUUCAACUGUUGCCUGCGACCGGUCGAUGGUUCGCCUGCGGCGUGUGUGCUGUGGUCCAACACGGCGAAAAAUGCUUUCACGAACGUCUCGAGGUGAACGAUGAAGUCACGUGGCUGCGGGGUCCACCCCGUAGGCAGGGCGAAUCGAUCAUUUCGGCGUCGGGAUAGGCCACUCUGCGCAGCAGCUGGGCGAUUGCGUUCUUUGACAGCGUGGUGCUAACGAACCACCCGCCGCGAAGCAGAAGCAGCGUCGCUGCGGACUCGUCUCCCCAUGCCUUGGUAUCGCGGCGAAACCUUUCUUUCUGUACGUGGGUGUUGAGGGCCUGGUUCGACACGUUAAUUUUGGCCCAGAGCUUGCGCUUGCUGAGGCUGUAGCACGAGCUGGCCACCUAGAGGGAGAUUGAUGGGCUGGGGCUGACCUCGCUGCUGGAGGCCGCCAGGGGGGAGGUGGCCAGGCUGCUGCUGCUGCUGCUGCUGCUGCUGCUGCUGCUGCUGCAUCCUGAGCUCCAGGUUGCCGAGUCGGUCGUGUUGCUCUUUAAGCAGUACAGACAUCUGCAGCAGUAGCUGGGCAGGGUUGAUGGGGGGAGGUGGGCCUCCCAGCCCGGCUGGCGCGGCUCCGCCCGCGUUCUGGUCUCCUCCUCCUGCUGCCGGAGGCGCGUUGUUGUGUCCCGCCGCCUGUUGGUUUCCCGCCGCCCCUGCUGGCUGGUUUCCCGCUGCUAUUCCUUGUCCGCCACCAUGGCGAGCUGCCGCUACUGCUCCUCCUCCGCCGCCGCUGCUCUGUGGUUGGUUAGCUGCGGGCGGUGGUCCACCUGGAGGCGGCGGUGGAGGCGGUGGAGGUUGCGCUGGCUGCGCUGGCUGCCGCUGCUGGGGGGGACCCUG